AUGAGCUCUUCGUCGUUAAGUGGGUCCAUGAUGGCGACGGCGAUUCUCCCGCCGGUCGAGAGGGCACAACGAGUAAUUAUGGGGCCGCCGGUCCUUGGAAAAACCCGUCAUCUCGACAAACAUGUCUUACGUAGACAAAACAUAAAAGCAGCGCAUACGAAGAAUAUCACAACGCUAGGAAAAACAGACAUAGAAACGCGGAAGUGA